CUCAGUUCCGCCUUUUCACUUUGUUUUUGUUUGUAAACAUUGCGGUGCACCAUCUAAACUUCUCUAUUAAAUUAAUUUCUAUACGUAAAUAUCGCAUUGUUUGCAAUGUCUUUCUUACUUUGGGAGAACUAGUUGGUGACGUUCACUCAACUAUUGUAUUAUUCACUCCACGUGCAAUCUUGCAACAGAUGGCGUUCCUCUGGCGUUCGCUGCGGGUGUGCCAAUAUCAUUCCAGAGUGCUUCGAAGAAGGGUCAUUGCCCAAAACGUCGCAUAUUAUACAUGUCAAGGAAGUGUUAUUGACGACGGUGGAGGGUUUUCUUCGUCGCAGAGGUUAAAGGUGGAAGGUUUAAGGCGGAGCCAUCGCGGAGGGCAGGGGUGGUCGGUGACGUCGCCACGCUUCGGGUAUAAAGGCGGCUGCUGCUGCAAGCUGAGCGCGCAGUCUCUCGCGAGGAGCUUUGUCACAAGUAGUCGCAAUGUCUGGACGCGGUAAAGGCGGUAAGGGGCUCGGCAAGGGAGGCGCAAAACGCCAUCGCAAGGUGCUGCGCGACAACAUCCAGGGCAUCACCAAGCCCGCCAUCCGCCGCCUCGCUCGCCGCGGCGGUGUGAAGCGCAUCUCGGGCCUCAUCUACGAGGAGACCCGCGGCGUCCUGAAGGUCUUCCUUGAGAACGUCAUCCGCGACGCCGUCACCUACACGGAGCACGCCAAGCGCAAGACCGUCACCGCCAUGGACGUGGUCUACGCCCUCAAGCGCCAGGGCCGCACUCUCUACGGCUUCGGAGGCUGAGCGCCCAUCUCUCGCACACUAAGCCAACCCAAAGGCUCUUUUCAGAGCCACC